CCCAAACACAACCUUACAAAUUGUCAUCCUCCCUCUAAUUGAAGAAUGAAAAAUCUCUAAAUCUUACUCUAGUGAGAUAAUUACCCUCAACUUACAUAUACUUCUGGGGGUAGCAAGCUUCAGUCUACCCUAAAAUAGCUUUAAUAUUUGGUUGACCAGGUUUCCUGCACCAUCUAAUUAAGGAGGACCGAUGUCCAAAUAUUUAGUCCUUCAAUUGGCUUUCUCAUUGACCAAAGGCAGAAUAGAGGUAGAGGUUCACUCGGGCCAGGUGGUGAAAGAAGAAGUAAAGGGAUGGCUUGAAGAUGUUCAAAAGAUCGAACAAGACAUUCAAGAUGUUGAAGAAAGAGUAGGCACAGUUCCAUCCUACAAACGUGCCAGCCUUGAUAAAGAUGUGCGUAAAAUUAUUGAAGAGGUGAAGAGGAUUCAAGAGAGGCGCAUUUUCGAAGGAGGCCUUGGGAUUGAGAGAGCUCCAGCUUGUGGAAUUGUAAUUCCAACAGAAAAUUUAGAGGGUGAAAUUUCUACUAGAGAUGAAAUUUGGGAGCACUUGAUGGGCAAUAAAGUUGGAAUGAUUGGGGUUUGUGGUAUUGGUGGAGUUGGUAAGACUACAAUCAUGAAGCAUGUUAACAAUGAUUUGUUGACGGGGAACAGAUUCCAGAAAGUGAUUUGGGUUAUUGUAUCAUACCCUUUGAAUAUUUUUGAAGUACAAAAGGAGAUUGCUGAAGCUAUGGGUGUGAAACUCCAAGAUGAGAAACAAAUGAGGCGGGCAGCAGCACUAAUGGAGAUAAUGCGAAGAAAGACUUUUGUGCUAAUAUUAGAUGAUGUAUGGGAAAAGUUUUCUCUCAAGGAUGUUGGAAUCCCAGAACCAACUGUGCAGAAUGGGUGCAAAGUAGUUAUCACUAGUCGAUCAGUUGAAGUAUGCAAGUUUUUGGAUUGUGAGAUUGUUAAAGUGCAGCCUCUUUCACAAGAGGAGUCUCUAAACCUAUUCCUAGAUAAGGUUGGACGUGCUGUUUUACAAAACGUGCCGGAAUUGGAAGAAACCUUGAAGCUUAUUGUGAAGGAGUGUGCUGGUUUACCACUCGCUAUUGUUGUGAUAGCAGGGAGCAUGAAAGGAGUGGAUGAUAUUAAGGUGUGGAGAAAUGCAUUGACUGAAUUACAAGAAUGUGUUAAGAGUGUGAAAGGUUCAGAUGAUGAGAUAUUUAUGCGGUUAAAAUUUAGUUUUGAUCGUUUGCCAAAUGAGAAGAUCAAGAAUUGUUUUCUUUAUUGCUCCUUGUUUCGUGAAGAUUAUUCAUUUGUAUGGGAGGAAUUGAUAGAAGGUUGGAUUGAUGAAGGGCUAAUGGAUGGAUUGAGAAGCAGGGAAGCAGCUUAUGACAGGGGCCAUGCCUUUUUAGAUGUGCUUGAAAAGAAUAGCUUGUUAGAGAAAGAUUUCAGCUUCGAGGAAGCAAUUAAGAUGCAUGAUGUUGUGAGAGACAUGGCUAUCAAAAGCAUUGGUCCUGGAGUUGGAUAUAUGGUAAAAGCUGGUAUGAAAUUGACAGAGGUACCAAAUGAACAUGAGUGGGCCAGAGAUCUUAAUAAGGUAUCUCUAAUGGCAAAUGACAUUUCAAAAAUUCCUGUUGGAUUGAUUCCAAAGUGUCCGACCUUGUCAACUUUGAUAUUAUCGGACAAUCCUUUGACAGAGAUUCCAGAAUCCUUUUUUGAGGAUAUGAGUCGACUCAAGGUUCUUGAUCUUUCUAGAACUCAUGUUGAAGCUUUACCUAGUUCCAUCUCUAAGCUGAAGUAUCUCUCUGCGUUACGGUUAAGGAGGUGCAACAAGUUAAAGUGCUUGCCUUCCUUAGAGAAGCUUGUGGCAUUGAAGAAGUUGGAUCUGCAAUGGGCAAGAAUUGAGGUGGUCCCUCAAGGCAUGGAGAUUGAUUGUGAAGAGAUAGAGUACAUGGUUGAGUUGGAUUCAUCCUUCUCCUCAUCAUGUAAACCAAUACUUGAUAAGCUUGAAGAUCUGCGUCUUUGGGGUUUGCCUAGGUUGUGGGCACUCGUGAGAGUGGAAGGAGUAGCAACACCGUCACGUGUCUUUUCCAAUCUCAAGACACUUCAGAUAUUUAGUUGUUUAGGAAUGAGGAAGUUGCUUCUAAUUGAGCUACUGCCGGCCUUCCAAAACUUAGAGGUGAUUGGUGUUGAUGGUUGUGAACAAAUGGAGGAGAUAAUAGUCUCAUCAGAUUCAGAUGCAUCAUCGGAUAAAUUCAGUUUCAUUUUUCCUAAAUUAAGGCGAUUGCAGUUGUGGAGGUUACCCCAAUUAAAGAGCAUCUGCAGUGCCAAAGGAGUUAUGGUUUGCGAUUCUAUUGAAUACAUUUCGAUAGGGGAAUGUCCUAAGUUAAAGAGGAUCCCUGUGCAGCUUCCCAUGCUUGAUAAUGGUCAACCAUCUGCUCCUCCUCAUCUUAAAGGAAUUGGGAUAGAUAGACUCUCAAAAGAAUGGUGGGAAUCAUUGGAGUGGGAUCAUCCUAACACUAAGAACAUACUCCGACCUUUUCUUAAAAUAAACUGAUUAUUGAAUGAUGACUGUAGAGUAACAGAUGUGUGUAAAUAAUAAGUCAUGUGCAACCACAAUAACACGUGGCAGUAGAAGCUUUUCCCCUGCAACACACGAUAGGAAAAUCGAUGUAAGGAAAGAGGUCUUCUGGAAGAGAUGAGAUUAAGAUGCAUCCACCCUCUGCACUCAUGUCUUAAAACGCCAAUUUAGAUCUUUUAUCAAGCAAAGGCAACUUCUCUUGGUGGGGCAGCGAAGCAAAAGAAAAAUGAGACUCAGCCAAGGCCAAUACUCCUUGACAUGGUUGACAAUAAUCUUGUUUUUGUUUCAAUUUAUGUGUCUUUUAUUUAUUGGAUGGACUUGGUUUAGUGCUGAUUUCACUUGGUAAUUUGUUUUGUGUUGUAAUUAAGUUGUCAAGCGUGUUGUGUCAUGGGAUUUCUACUCUGUUUGAUUGAUAGAAUGUGACUCUGUUAUCAAUUUGAAAUGUAAUUUUUGUAAUACCUUUCGUGUUUGAUAUGUUGUUAUAAUUUCAAAUUCCCUUUGCAUUGCUGACUUGAGCAUUGAAUUGGAGAACACUCUGGCAGCCCUUCAUCGCCGGCCUUGUUACACUUUUGCAGAUUGAAGUGAACAGUAAAAGGAAUUCAGUUUAGGAAUCACCAAAACAAAAAAAGCAAGGCAUGGUGGAAAAUUACAGCUUUAAAAUAAUUGCUCAGCUCUCAUAAAGUCGAAGUAGUAAA